AUGAAUCAAGAUUAUGGCAUAACUGCAAAUUCAAAGCAUUAUACUUGCAUGAUUGAUCUUCUGGGUCGAGCUGGUCGCCUAGAUGAGGCUCAAAAUGUGAUAAAAAAUAUGCCUUUUGAACCAGAUGCUGCAACAUGGGGUGCUCUACUUGGUGCGAGUAGGAUUCACGGCAGUACUGAACUAGGAGAAAAGGCUGCUGAGAUGAUUUUCAAGAUGGAGCCCAAUAAUGCAGGGAUGUAUGUCCUCCUUUCAAAUUUAUAUGCGGCAUCAGGUAGAUGGCGUGAGGUUGGGAAGAUGAGAUUGAAAAUGAGGGAUACAGGCAUAAGGAAAGUGCCUGGGUAUAGUUGGGUUGAAGUGCAGAACAAGAUCCACACAUUUUCAGUUGGGGACUCUAUCCAUCCUGAGAGGGAUACAAUAUAUGCCUACUUAGAAGAGUUGGAUUUAUGGAUGAAGCGGGAUGGCUAUGUUUCUGCUACAAAAUUGGUUUUACACGAUGUUGAAGAGGAGGAAAAAGAGCAUAUGCUCAAGUAUCACAGCGAAAAAUUAGCUGUUGCAUUUGGAAUUCUCAAAAUACCGGCUGGGAGACCAAUCCGGGUGAUGAAAAACUUACGUGUGUGUGAAGACUGCCACACUGUGAUCAAACACAUAUCCAAGAUUGUGGGAAGAUUGAUAAUUUUGAGGGAUUCAAACCGCUUUCACCACUUCAGUGGUGGUGUGUGUUCUUGUGGAGAUUAUUGGUAA